AUGUGGCCCGGGGAUUCCACCGACAACCUACCUGUUCAACCUCCCAGCGGACUUGACGACAUGGACAACGACCACUACGCACACUCGGUGAGCUCUUCCUCGCCGUCGGACUCACCCGCCGCGAGCUCGCCGCUCACUAGUCCCGACUUGUCUGAGGAUGGCUUCGACAUUGAUCGUUCCCCAUCACCACUUGGUGGUCGUGAACAAGAAGCUGGCAGCCCCAAGUUCACCCUCGUCAUCGGGGGUCUUGGGUAUAUCGGAUCACACACCGUGUUGGAGCUCCUAAGAGAGGGGCACAAUGUCAUCAUUGUCGACAACCUCAGCAACAGCUACCAGACCAUCCUGGACAGCAUCAAGACCUUGACGGCCAAGCACUGCAAGGCCAAUGGCAGGAGGAUGCCCUUGAUCCACUUCCACCGUCUCGACUAUCGCAGCCGAUCGAUGCGGUUCCUCAUCGAGAGCUACACGGACCUUGUCAUGUCGAUCGACGGCAGCGGCAGGCAACGCAUGACGUACCAGUCCCGCAUCGAGGGGGUGAUCCACUUUGCGGCUUACAAGUCGGUCGAGGAGUCGAUACGGCGGCCGUUGCAGUACUACCAGAACAACGUCUGCGGGCUCGUAUCGCUGCUCCAGCAGCUCGACAAGUACAACAUCCACAACUUUAUCUUUAGCAGCUCGGCGACCGUGUACGGGUCCAAGGCCAACACGGGCGAGCCGCUGCGGGAGUCGGACCUGAUCCACCACGCCGAGGAGCGGGUCGACGAGUCGACGGGCGAGCGCAUCGUGACGCAGCCGUCGGCGGUGGGCCUGUCGUGCCCCUACGCGCGGACAAAGUACUUCAGCGAAGCUAUUCUUGCAGAUGUGGCGGCCGCGAACCCGGCCUGGCGCAUCGUGGCACUGCGCUACUUCAACCCCGUUGGCUGCGACCCGUCGGGACUGCUGGGGGAGAACCCGCGGGGGGAGGCGACCAACCUGUACCCCGUGCUGACACAGGUGCUGACGGGGCAGAGGGAAAGGCUAAACGUAUUCGGCACAGACUGGGCGACGCGGGACGGCACGGCGGUUCGAGACUACAUCCACGUCCUGGACGUGGCGCGGGGCCACAUCUCGGCGCUCGGGUGGAACGGCGAUCGCGGGGGGACAGGGUUCCGCGCCUUCAAUCUCGGGAGCGGCACGGGCACCACUGUGCUCGAAGCAGUCCGGAGCCUCGAGGCCGCAUCGAAAAGGACUGUCUCACUGGACUGGGCCGGACGAAGACCAGGAGACGUUGGCGUCUGCGUGGCGUCUACCGAGCGAGCCAGCAAGGAGCUGGGGUGGUCACCGCGGGAGAGCGUCGCCCAGUGCGCAUCAGAUCUGUGGAACUUUGUCGAGAGGACCUUGGGGCUGCAGCAGCAGCAGCAGUCAGUCAAGGUGUGA